AGAACACAAAUGUUUUAGAUUUUUUAUUUUGAAAGCAUAAAAUAACGAUUAGUUAAAAUUUAGGUUUUAAAUUGGGUGAUAUUUUACAGUAUAAAUUUAAAACUAUGUUAGAACAUGUUCUUCAAGUUCUUGUCCCGGCACGUGCAAAUGAAGGGGUGCCAAAUAAGUUCUCCCCGCGGGGGGUGGCACAUUGGGUGGGGACAGCUCCGAGUACAAAAAAGCGUGUUCUGCCCUGAUCGAGAGCUCUCUGCACACACCAGGAUUCACAAUCAACUACGUAACAAGUUCCACAGAUUGUCUCUUUUCCAAGACAAUAUGACAUCAACGUCGAUGAGCUCUCGCCUGAACAAGGCUGUCCGUGAGCAUUACAUGAGGCUUCCACAAGGAGACAAAUGUCAGGUGACUUACAUCUGGAUUGAUGGAACUGGAGAGCGGCUAUGCAACAAAACGCGGACCCUGGAUGCUGAACCCAAAAGUAUACAAGAUAUUCCUGAAUGGACCUUUGACGUACCAACCAUAUAUCAGUACGAAGGUUCCUGCAUAGACAUGCACCUCAUCCCAGUGUGCAUGUUCAGAGAUCCAUUCACGCUUGACCCCAACAAAUUGGUCCUCUGCGAAGUUUAUAAGUACAACGGACUUCCUGCAGAAACAAACCAUCGAGUAAGCUGCAAGAAAGUCAUGGACCAGAUUAAAGAGCACCAGAUAUGGUUCGGUUUUGAGCAGGAAUAUACACUCUUUGGUACCAAUGGUCAUCCAUUUGGAUGGCCUCAAAAUGGAUUCCCUGCACCGCAAGGUCCCUACUACUGUGGAGUGGGCGCAGACAGAGCUCUUGGACGGGAUAUUGCAGAGUGUCACUACAAGGCAUGUCUCUAUGCUGGGAUCAAGAUCUAUGGAACAAAUGCUGAGGGUUUGGCAUCUCAGUGGGAGUUCCAGAUAGGCACCUGCGAAGGUAUUGAGAUUAGUGAUCAACUGUGGGUUGCACGCUUCUUGUUGCACCGUGUAUGUGAAGAUUUUGGGGUUGUUGCAACACUAGACCCCAAACCAGUGAAGGGAAACUGGAAUGGCUCUGGUGGCCAUACUAAUGUCAGCACCAAGAAGAUGAGGGAAGAAGGAGGAUUGCAAUACAUUGAGCAGGCCAUUGAGAGGCUGCGCAAAAGACACAUGGAGCAUAUGAAAGUGUACGACCCACGCGGUGGCCAGGACAACAUGAGACGUCUCAUAGGAACUCAUCAAACCGCCAGCAUGAAUGAAUUCUCUGCUGGAAUUGCAAACAAAAGUGCCAGCAUCCGCAUUCCUCGUCAGGUAGCUAAAGAGAAGAAAGGCUACUUUGAGGACCGCCGCCCUGCAGCCAACUGUGACCCGUACCUUGUGACCAAGGCCAUCGCAAGCACCUGCCUGCUUGAUGAUGAUGUGAAGAGCAUUGUUUAAAAAUCUACUAGUUUUGAGUCAAAAAUGUGUUCGUCCUGUCACAGAAUCGUCAUUUAAGGUAAUUUCUUCCUGUCUGCGCUUAAGUCAAUUCCUCACUGUCAAACACGGCCAAAUAGUAACAGGCAGGUGCACCAUUUAUGAAUAUUGAGUCCUUGGGAGGAGGGGUAGAACCAGUGUGUCAAGUAUUUUGCAUGUUGCAUAUUCAACUUGUUUAUUCACAUUUACUUGUAUCAACUGGUCCAUUUGGACCAUUUGUAUUUACAAAUGAAUGCAAACAUGAACAACAUGCGGUCACCAUUGCGUAAGCAUGAGAUGCAAAUGAUUGAGUCCACAGCCUGGGGACUAAAGCCAAACAGGCUUUUGUGGAAGGCAAAGUUUUUCCGUCUUGCUGGUUAUUUUGCAGCCAAUUUUGUCCUGAUGGCCUUUCAUUGCGAAUGGUUCGGACAACAUAAUGCAGACGUGAGAUACUAUGUUUCGUAAAAGAGAAAAUAUAAAAUAUUAUUCUUUCCGGUGAAAUGUGCAUGCUGUGCCUCUUCUAGACUUCUUUGUUCAACCAAAUGCAGUGUACGGUGAUUUAUUUAUUUUUUUGCUGGAGAAAUAGAAAAUAACAUGUCAAAGGGAAAUCAAUGUAUACAAAUUAGGCAGGUUUAGCAAGUGUCAAUGUAUGAUGGCUACCGUUGGAGUCACCCAAUUAUUGUGUGUACCGUUUAUUGAUGACUUGCAUCUGAGCGAUUAGCCUCAACAUCAUAUUCUAAUCAGUAAAUGAAUAGUUUUUUUUAUUUUUGUAGCUUCCUUGCGUGGAUGGGUUUUAAGUAUUAAAGAUCAUUUAUGGAGAUUAAA